UGAAAUCAGCUGAGAGUGACAUCAGUCAGCACAAAUGUACCAAAGUUCAGAGCUGUUUACUUGAACGCGACUGCCUGCGAGUGCAGGCAGAGCCCAGGAGCUCUGAGCUGUCUGCUUGCAGCUUCUCUCCUCUGCCCUGGUUUCUGGAGCCUGACAUUAGAAAGCAGCCCAGGAGAAGAUCGACUCCCCAGACAGACGCUGAUUUCCUGUGUCACCUUUUGAUGAGUGUUCCUGGGCUCCAGCGUUGGUUUUUGUCUCCCUGCAACAGCAGAAGAUAUGGCUUUCUCCAGGCUGUGGCGGAACAACCACCUGCCCUUCGUGGGCAUCAUGAUCCUCUUGACCGCGGCGCUGUGCCUGAUGUUCUACGCUCUCCUCUGGCAGGCUGGCAACCUCGCUGACCUACCUAGCCUGAGAAUCGGCUUCUACAACUUCUGUCUGUGGAAGGAGGACAUGGGCUCCCUAGCAUGUUACAACUUUCCCGAGCUGGAGGUGCUGGGCGUUCCUCAGGUUGGCCUAGCCCUGGCCAGGCUCGGUGUGUAUGGAGCCCUGGUCCUCACAGUGUUCGUCCCUCUGCCUCUCCUCCUUGCCCAGUACAACAGAGAUGAGGGAGAGUGGCGGCUGGCAGUGUGCUUCCUGGCGGCAUCCUCAGUUCUGUUGGCUGGAGGACUAAGCCUCUUCCUUUCCUUCGUGUGGAAGUGGCUCAGGCUCUCCUUCCUGGGGCCUGCCUUGCCAGCUCUAUGCCUAGCCCAGCUGUUACUCAUCUUCUUGCUUGUGGCCAUGGUUAGGUUCCCGCCACGGGAUAAGGAGGACAAGAACCAGUGGGAGAACUGUUAGUCCGGUCUUACAAAGGCUUAUUAUGGGAUUGCAGGGGUUCGGUUCCAACUGUGCUCCAAGAAGGUGCUGGAGAACCUGUGGCUGAGUGGAUUUUCUCAACCACCCUGUGUCAUAGCUAAUGUUGAUCUCUAGCACAGCAGAGGGAACCACCCACUGUGCAGACGGGCUGUGGUGUCAAGGAACCCAGAGGCGGCUUGGAGGGCUGGGGUACCUGCAGUUUCUUAGGGUACCAUGUAGCUCAUUAGCACAGGGAUUCCCAGGCAGGUGGGAGUCUGUCAGAGGCCAAACUUCCAAGCUAUCUUGGCAAAGUGUCAAACUAGAACUCUGUGACGAUUAUGGCAACAAAUGGGACAGUUAGGGGGAAAAACACACAAAAAAACAAGAACUGCUUUAACACCGAGUCCUGUCAGCACAAAGAGAAGCCUCCCUGGCUUUUCAGGGUCCCCUGAAUGGGUCCCUGGACCUGACAGCAAACAGAAAUCAGCUGUUAAACCAGUCUUGUGACCCAGGUGAACAGGAUUGAAUAAUUGUCACAAACACACACCGUGUCCCCUCACCUUACCCAGAACUGGAAAGGCAGAAGGCAUGGUCUUUAUUAUGCAUCGCGGCAUCAGUAUAUAUUUUGUUCAGUGUCUGUGUAUCAGAAAACCUACGUGGCAAUGAGUUCUUCAUUCUGUGCUCAUCAAAAGCCAAAGUGCAUAUAAAGAAACCUGGACUCUGGUGUGA